CUAAGCACUCAAUCAUCGGAGCUCCAAGCAGAACCUCACCUCUCUUUCUCUCUCUCUUCUCCUCCUCAUCUUUCUUUCUUCUGUUCAACAAUGGCGUUUCGCAAAACCCUAGCUCAGCGUCUAUUUCACAUAACCAAAAUCUCAUCCCUAAACAGUACCCUGACACAUUCCCCCAUCGCUUCUCAUCUGAUUCAAGAACCUUUAGUCCCUCCUGAUCAGGCCAAAACAAACUUCCGCAAAGAAUUUCGCAGCGAUUCAGAUUCCGGCAGCGAUUGGUUUUUCCGGAGAUAUCUUCAGAAGAGAGCGAUUGUUCAGUCGGCGGUGGCGUCGCCGGAGCUCCGGUCCCUGUCGCUUGGGGACAAAUUGAAGGAGAAGCUCAAAGGCAUCAACAUAAGCGGCGAUCGCCUGCGAUUGGAAGGAUUGAAUCUGCCGGUGAAAAGGUCGGAUUCUCUAGACAAAAUUUCAUUCGAGGAAGUGCAGAAGGCGCGGAAGAUGUUGAUGCAGUCUCAGUUAGAAAUGUUGAAAACGAAGUUGAAAAGUAUUCCGGAAGGCUGCAUCACCUAUUCUGAGUUUAUUCAGAUCUGCUCCGACGGUUGCUCGAGUACUGAUCAGGGAUCAGAGUUUGCGAAGGUGUUGGAACAAUCUGGAGCCGUCAUCCUCCAUGGAAACGUGGUGUUCCUUAAACCGGAGCAGGUAACAAAAGCGAUAGAUGCUACGAUGCAAGGUCUAAUUCCUCUGGGAAUAGCCCACCCAAAUGACCCCAGGAUUAAAGAGCUUGAAGAAAUGGAGAAGGAGAAGAUAGCGAUAGAUGAAAAGGCGGAUGCGCUGGUUAAAACGGAGAUAGGUGCUGGGCUUGGCUUCCUCCUUGUCCAGACAGCAGCAUUCAUGAGGGUCACCUUCUGGGAGCUAUCUUGGGAUGUGAUGGAGCCAAUAUGCUUCUAUCUCACCACCUUCUACUUCUUGGCGGGCUACACCUUCUUUAUGAUUACUUCAAGGGAACCUUCUUUCGAAGGGUUCUACCGUAGCCGUUUUAUUGCCAAGCAGAAGCGGCUGAUGAAGAACAAGAAAUUCGACAUUAAAAGGUUUUACGAGCUCCGCAAAGCCUGUAAUCCUUUUUCGCCUGAACAACAUCCAUCACCACCACCACCACCUAAUCACUCUGAUAGGACAAUGCUCGGUGCUACUCUUUAUCAUUAA